UUUAUUUCGUCCAUAAUUUUUUCACUUCAUUUAUUUUAUAAUUUAUUCUAUCCUCUAUAGAAUUUGAAUAAACUUUAUAUUAUAUACUGUGUUAAUGUAAUUAUCGUCUAAUUUUGUUAAUGAUGAUAAUAAAAAUUGUAUAAUGGAUUUGCAUCAAGGAAUUGAUGUAGAACAAUACUUAAAAAAGGAAAAAAUUGGUAUAAACUUAAAAAAUAAUCAGGAUUCAUAUUUAUAUGACCUUGAAUUGGUCCAAAAAAUUAAAGCCUCUCCAACUUCUUACGUUUUCGUAUUUGAAUACUCUGAGGACAUUCGAGAUGUGGUAGAAGUUGACGUUUUUUCAGCUUUUAGGUUCUUUGGUACACACGACAAACCUUCAAUUCCAGGCACCUGGAACGGCAUAGUUUUAGAUGAAGAAGAUCGUCAAGUAAAAAGGAAUUAUACGCCCAUUUAUAUCGACGUUGAGAAAAGAUUGGUUCAUUUUCUUAUUCGCAUAUACUCUCCGACAGAUUCAUACCCCGACGGAGGGAAAUUCACAAGAUAUCUGGACAAAUUUCUACCAUCGGAAUCAAUAUCAUUCACACCCUCAAAACAAAAGUACAAGUUGAUAAGUGAUAAUACAAUAAAAGUAUUGAGUAAAAAGGUUGAAUUUGAUACCCUAAACAUAGCUGCUGGCGGUACUGGUAUAACGCCCUUUAUAAGGCUUCUGAAUUACUACCAGGAUUUACCCUUUGAUAUUCACUUUAUAUACUCCAACAGGUCAGUAGAGGAGAUAAUGCUUAAACCUCUUUUUGAUAAACUUGCAAGCAUUAAUAAAAGGUUUGAGAUUACAUACUUGGCAUCAAGAGGAGUAUCAUCUGAGGACGUAACUAUUAGUAGAAUAACAGAGGAAAUCGUGUCUAAAAAGUUUGCUAACACUGAGAAGGCCUUGUGUUUAUUUUGCGGUCCUCCAGGAUUUAACGAUUUGUUAUUUGACAUCUUGACUAAUCUUAAAUUUAAAAAUAUUUACAGAUUUUGAUACCACUGAACCCAUGAGUGAUGGUCUGAAUAAAUUCAUUGCCAAGGCAAUAGUUUUAUCGAAAUUGGUAAAACUAAGGCUGUCACAGCCCAUGCUCAAGGGGAGUGUGGAAGACUCAAACAAGAGUCUUAGCGUCUCCAUAAAAGCAGUUUCUUUCCUUUCUAAAAUUGUUCCAAUUUUGAAGUUAUCGCAAGCACUUUCAAACAAGUCCUUGAUAUCCUCAACCGUAUCAAAGGGCUCUAAAAAGAUAGGAACAGUACGAUUACACAACAAGGAGGAACAGAUUUGGCGUGUUUUAAGGCCUGGGUAUGAAAAACAAACUAAACACCUAAGAUGGAGAAAAUGACCCAUUAAACCAUAUACUAAAUGUAGUUACAUCUUAAA